AAUGAUUUGCUUGUAUAAAAAGGAAUAAGUGUAAUGUAAUGAUUGUUUACAUCUUUUGGCAUUGAGGACAAAAAAAGAAUGGCUUCAACUUCAUUGAUCUCUCUGAGAACCGCAGACGGCGUCGUUUUCGAAAUCGAACGUUCAAUGGCGAAGCACAUGAAAACUGUGCAAGCCUUCAUCGACGAAUGCCCCGACACCGACGUUCCCGUAAUCCCUCUCCACAACGUUUACAGUAUCCACGUCACAAAGAUCCUCGAGUUCCACCGUCUCUCCGACGCUGGCAAUGUCAAGGAAUUCACCGUUGAUGAAUUUGAUAACUAUGAAUUGAAGGAGUUCCUCCUCGCCGUGCAUUUCCUCAACAUGGAUCCCCUUUUCGAGUUUCUGACUAAGGCUGUUGCCAAACGGAUCGAGAAGAAGAGCGUUGAGUACGUGCGUGAGUAUUUUGGGAUCGAGAACGAUUUCACGCCGGAGGAAGAAGCUCGUAUUCGCGAGAAGAAUAGUUGGGCUUUUAAAGGCGAAAAUGUUGAAGUUGAAGAAGAUGAAAAAGAAUCUUGAAUUUCAAUUUCAAUGUUUUUCGUGGAAUUUAUAAGCCUAGCAUAUGAAAUUAAUUAGGCUAUUAUCACUUUUGUUGAUCGAGAAACCAAUUUUAAUUUCCAUUUUUGAAUUUAUCGGUUUUUGUAUGCAUGCUUAAUAAAUCAAUGUUGUUUCCAAAUGUGUUCAUUCAACUAAA